AACAUGAUCAAUUUUCUGCAUUCAAACCAAAUAAAAAAAUAACACUUGACAUUACUGUCACCAUUUCUAUGAAAAUCGUGUAAAUAACAAAAAUAACAAAAAUUUGGAAAAGUAUAAAAAAUUGGAAAAAUUUAUCACAAUAACCCAUAAAAAGCAUCAAUAAUCCAAGAAAACUUUGCAAGUCGCAAAGCAAAACGAGCAGGGUUACGAUUCACAAAAAUGUCAGUGCUGCCCCGUGGGUUUGAAUGCUGCCGUCCACCAGCUAGGUACGGCUGCGUCCGAGGAGAGCCCAGCAUCUACUACAAAAGGCCACGUUGUGGACAACCGAGACCACAGCCUUUUCAAAGAGAAUGCCCUGGUUACUAUUGGGGCUGUCCAAGUAACGCUCCAAUGGAAAGACCGUGUUGCUACGACUUCCCCUGCAAAGCGCACUGCUUCAACCACGGUGCCUGCACGAGGCCAAGCGGACGGUACGCGCGCACAGUGUGGUACCCUGGCGAGUGCUGCCCCUGUGUACCACCCUGCCAAGCCUUCACCUGCCCCAACCCACCGUACCAUCCCUGCUGCUACCACACUUGCAAUAAACACGUCUGAUCUGCUACAAUGUUCAUGAGUUUUUCACAAAGGUUUUAAAACAAAGACGUAAAUUUUAUCAAAAUCAUAGUUUUUAACUAGUCAUUUUACGAGCAUAUCUUUGAAACUCCGCGAAAUUGACGUUGUUGUUGUUUUAAAACCUAUGAGAAGAAUUUGCAGUGUGGUUUUCAGAAAAGAUAAUUUUGUCCCUUUGACUCAAAGCUGUCGCGAAGCUUUGAGACAAGGCACAAACACUCGUUUUUGUGAGUUCGUGGUAGUGAAAUCGUGGCGUCAUCAUUAUUUGUGAAUCGUAAACUGUAUUGUCCAAUAAAAGAAAUAUUAUAAAAA